CUCUACAUGAGUGCUUCCAGUUUCCUGGUAAUGCAGCGCUUCUCCCUGCUGCUCCGCCUGUGGUCUCGCUGUCGGCCGCAGAGGUGUCUCUUCCGUCAACGCCUCACGGCACAACAGAUGUUUGAAACCCGCUGCUCGGCGUUGAGUACCAUGAGGCCUUCCCCCAGCAGUCAUGAUCAUAUCUCGGCCGACCUUCGCGUGGAUGAACAAUACCAAGUUUAUCGCGAGAGGUGCGCGUUCGAAGGGUCGAAAGGCCUACUUUCGCAAGUUUGGGCCCGCCCACAAUCAGUGGGGCAUGAUGAAGGAUAUGUUGAACGAGCUGGUGCUUGAGCAACGGAUCGAGGCGACACUCCCCAAGUGCAAAGAGUUGCAGCAGUACGCGGAGGAGAUCGUUUUCCUGGCGAAGAAGGGCACGCCGUAUCACGAUGGCCUGGUGGAGAGCAUGUUGACAUCACCCUCGGCUCGGCACAUCCUCUACGAGAGGAUGGUCCCUCGCUACAGAGACCGGGCCUUCCACUUCACGCGCAUCGUGAACACGUGGCAGUACCGCAUACGCGACGCGGCGCAGAUUGGCCUGAUCGAGUACGUGGACCGGCCCGGCGAGCUCCGGCCCGCGGCGCCGGUGGGCGCCGCGCGGGUGCAGCACGUGGCGUACGAGUUCCUCGCCACCCGCCGCGGGCGCCGGCGGCACCUGACCGAGCUCCAGGAGCACCUGGCAAAGGGCAGGGGGGCCGUGGCGCUGGACAGCGGCGUGCUGGAGAGGCGCCCCAUGGGGGCGCAGGCGGCGCCGAGGCAGCCGGCGCAUCCUCGCCGGCCAGCGCCGCCACCGCCGCCACCGUCGAGUAGCUCGCGCGCAGGACACCCGCAGAGCGGGCUGGCGCGUCCGGCGGGGGGGAGAGCCUGACUGGCCCGGUUGCGAAGCAGUGAGCGGAAAACAGCUCGACAAUUCUCGGCUUCUCGCGCUGGGCACGUUGUCCCAGAGGUUGGGAUUGAAGUUGGGACGAGGGGCUUGAGUCCGUUGCCUCUCUUGACGAGGGGUUGAAGUGUUCAGCGUUGCAGUAAGAAGGUGC